AUGAAGAUCGUCAACACUCUUGUACCCAUCCUUAUUGGACUUGUGGGUGUCGCAACGGCUUCCACUGCCAGCGUCAACCAUCCAUCCACCAAGCUUUCCGCCAAGCAGCUCCUUCGCGGCACGGUCAACCUGACUGAUCUGCCUUCCUUGAACUUGAAGGGAGGAGAUCCAGUCCUGGGACAAGAUGAACAAGGAGACAAAGAGGAGGAACUCCCAACCAUUGCCGAGUUGGUCCAAACCCAGAAGGCAUCCAUCCACGUGGACCGCGAGGUGAACUUGAGGCACCGACUCCUGAGCAGUGCAGGGCAAAUCCGACCAGUCUUCAAAACCGGCAACUGGUGUGUUGACAGGCAUCAUGACACUCAAAACUUGUAUCUCCAAGUGUGCCACCAACACAGCAAUCAAAAGUUCACCUAUCAUGCCAGCACCCAGGAAAUCAAGGUUGACGGGCGUUGUAUGGAUGACAAUAUUGAGGAUACAGGCCGCAAUGUAUACGCCCACCCCUGUCAUGGAAAAAAGAAUCAAAAGUGGAGGACCGAUAACAAGGGCCGGAUCCAAGGCCUCCAUGAUUAUAAAUGUCUCGAUGUUACACCCGGUGGGAACCUCUACGUGAGAGGUUGUUGCAAUAACUGUGAGGGACAACGCUGGUAUGUUCCUCAGCAUUUCCCAACUACCAAUAGCGAGAUCCAUCCGGUCCUUAACUCAGCUGCGUGCUGGGAUGUUGGCGGCACCGGAAAGAAUUUGUAUGUCUACGGGAGUUGCCACAAUGGAAACAACCAGCAGUACUACUAUUCCCCUUAUUCCGAAAGAAUCUUUCUGCCCUUGGCGGAAGGGUCGGGAUGCUUGGAUGAAAACCCUGGCGAUGGAAAUGUUUAUGCUACUGGAUGCCACCAUGGUACCAACCAAAAAUGGUGGAUGGAUUCCUAUGGCAGGAUCCGCAAUCGCCGCGACACCAGCCGUUGCAUGGAACAGAAUAGUGGGGACAACAAUUUGAGAAUGGUUGGAUGCAAUGACAAUGACAAUCAGAGAUUUAUUUUUCCGCAUGGUACAUUUCCCAUUGCUACUAGUCAGGUGAAGCCUUUCUUUGAUUCGGGUAAAUGCUUGGAUAGUGGGGGAACAGACAGGAAUCUGUACCUGUCAUCAAGCUGUGGCAGUGAUAAUUUCUACCAGCAGUUUUACUUCAUGGCUCAAUCUGAGCGCAUAUACGAUGCAGCCGGAAUUGGAUGUCUUGAUGACCAAGGCAGUGGUGCCAGAAAUGUCUAUCUAAACAAAUGCCAAGAGUAA